AUGAAUGAUAAAGAUCAGGUUAUAAAAACCAAACUCGUUAUCAGAAAAACAGUAAUAGAAAAAUACGCGGAUGACCACUCUGACGGGGAGAGGAGUCAACAGAAACAGAAACAUCGACGAAGAAAAGAAGUCAAAAGACGCAAGAAGGCCAAUGAAGCUAAUAAAGGGGAAACAAAGACAUCCACAGAAACCGUUUGUGACUUCAACAAAGUUUGUGAAAAGUGUGAUAUGAUGUCUGUGGAAAACUCUUACCCAGAUAUAGCGAACACCGGGGAGAAAUGCUUGGAGAAUGAAAAAUCGCCGUUGCAAUCAGUGAUUGGAAAGAAUCAGGAAGAAUCAGAAAAUUCCAUAAAUGAGCACCAAAAUCCUUCUCAAAACUCAGUUGAAGAAGGUGUACACAACGAAGGUCAAAAACCUGUGAUAGAACCGGAGAUAAUGCCAAUCAAGGUAGAAUCAAAUACGGGGGAAUUAACUACGAAUCAGAAUGUGGAUAUUUCAACUGAUCAUCUUGAAUGUGAAAAGCGUUGUAAAGCGCUUUCUAAAAACUCUCACCCAGGUAUAGCGAACACAGAGGAGAAGUGUCUUGAAGAUAGAUCAUCGUUGCAUUCAAUAAAAGAUCAAAAUCCAUUGGUUGAAAACGAUCAUGAAGAGCCAGAAAAUCCUCUUAGUGAUCACCAAAAUCCUUCUCAAUGCCCAGUAGAAGAAGGCAUGCACAAUAAAGACCAAACUGCUGUGAUGGAACCGGAGAAAAUAUCGAUCAUAGAAGAGCCAAAUUCAGAGAAAUUAACUGCGAAUGAGAUUUUGGAUAAUUCAACUGAUCACCUGGGAAAAAACAACGAGAAAGAUGAGUCGAUCAUGAAAUGUGAUUUUGAUAAGAGUCGUAUGACAUUUGUUGAGAACUCUCACCCAGGUCAAGCGAACACUGAUGAGACAUGCACUGAGGAUGAAAAAUCGUCAUUGCACACAAUUACUGACCGAAAUUCAGUAAUUGGAAAUAGUCAGGAAGAGUCAGAAACUCCCAUAAGUGAGAACGGAAAUUCUUCUCAAUGUUCAUUUGAGGAAGAUGAAGGAAAUGAUGGACAAUCAAAUGUUGAGAUGUUAAAUGUUAUAGUGGUUCCGAUUACUGAAGAAGACACUAAAGCUGAUUCAGCAUCGCCUGUGAAUGCUGAUUCCACUAAACUUCAGGAAAAUCUGAAAGUAUGUUCCAUUCCUUCGAGGGAACCAGAGAUGAUAUCGAUUAUGCUAAAAUCAGAUGAGUUGGAAUUGAAUUCGAGGAAUAUUGCGGACGCUUCAAGUGACCAUUUGGAACAACCGGAUACCACAGAAUUCGAUUUAUUUGAAAUCUUGGCUUCCAAAACGGUUACUUAUUCCCUCUGGACAUGGGACUUGCUCAAAGAUGCAUUCGAAUCUAUUUAUUCAAAAGCAAAGGAAAAUUUCUCAAAUUACAGCAGCAAUAAACGUUCAGCCACCCCAAGUGAAAGCAAUCUCCAAGAUACCGCUAAUGACAAGGGAACAAUGAAAGGAUACAAAAUGUCUCAACAACUUAAGGGGAACCCAGAACCAGUUUCUCCCAAGGCCUCCAACUUAUGCGCAGACCAAUCAGAAUCGACCCCGCAUCCUAAUUCGGAAGUUGAGGCAUGCCAAAAAUUUUGCGACUCACAAGUAAUUGAAAGGCGGAUACUUUUAAAAAUUGAAAAAAGUGGAAAUUUGGAGAUUAUUGAUGUUGAUAAUACUGAGGAGGCAUUAACGCCAUUACCGACAGCAGGAAAAUCUGAAGAAAAAGACGAGUCGAAAAUGAUUACAGACAAACAAAUUGAUAUGGACACACCCAUGGAAAGAGAAUCCAAUACAGCCCUAUCUGAUGAAUCAGAGGUUCAAGAACCGUCUGAGCCAUCGGUCGAAGAUUCUAACGAAAAAAUCGAGGGUGACAAGUCCACAUCAUAUCAUGUAGGUAGCGUAACUAACUGCUUCAAAUUUUUAAUGGAGAAUUUUUGCGCCGAAUUAGCCACAGGACUGGAGAAAGAAAAGCUUUGCCAUAGAAAAAAGACGGAAGAGGUGUCUGAUCAAGGGGUUAUUGAAGCCUCAUCUGAAGUACACGAAGGGAGCUUAAUUAACUGCUACACGUUUCUUGUUGAGGAAUACCAUCCAGAUAUUGCGAAAAUCUUAAAGGAAUAUUGUGAUGCACAGGAGUUAGUGCUAGAACAAUCGGCCUUGUAG